AUGCCAAGGAUUUCACCGCGCCUUCUCCCGGUCCUCUACGGCCUGGGUCUUGCUGCCUGCGCAUCUGCCGUACCUAUCAUAGAACAGCAGGUUCUGGGUAACGUUGACGCCCAGGUAGACAAGACAGAACCGUCGGGGCAGCUCUCCGGACGAUUUCUUCAUAUAACAGAUCUCCAUUUAGAUACCCACUACAAAUCAGGAACAACGGACGAGCGAACAUGUCAUUGGGGUAAAGGAUCAGCGGGCGCCUUGGGCUCAGAGGGAACCGAAUGCGACUCACCGCUAGCCCUCAUCGACGAAACAUUCCGAUGGAUUGAUGAGAAUCUCAAAGGCAAGAUCGACUUUGUACUCUGGACAGGAGAUUCGGCGCGGCAUGACAACGACGAGAAAAUCCCUCGGACUGCGGACGAAAUAAUAGAACUGAAUGAGCUCCUGGCGAACAGAUUCAUCGACCUCUUCGAGGACUCGGGCACCGUUCGCGGCCUUUCAAUCCCGAUCAUCCCUACCAUUGGCAACAAUGAUAUCAUGCCGCAUAACAUUUUCAAGGAAGGUCCGAACCGGUGGACGAGGAGAUUUACCGAAAUUUGGUCCAAGUUUAUUCCCGAGCAUCAACGGCACAGUUUUGAGGAAGGCGGGUGGUUCUCGGCGGAGUUGAUCCCAAACAAGCUUGCCGCGAUUAGCUUGAACACGAUGUACUUCUACGAAUCAAACUCGGCAGUCGAUGGCUGUGCGGCGAAAUCGGAGCCGGGGUACGAACAUAUGGAAUGGCUACGUGUGCAGCUUGAGAUCCUGCGGGACCGCAAGAUGAAAGCUAUACUUAUCGGACAUGUGCCGCCUGCAAGAACCGAUACCAAGAGAAGUUGGGAUGAGAGCUGCUGGCAGAAAUACGCACUGUUUGUAAAUCGAUUCCGGGAUGUUGUCGUCGGCAGCGUCUAUGGCCACAUGAACAUCGACCACUUUAUGCUGCAAGAUAGCCGGGAUCUGGACAUCCUAGCGGCGAGCGAAGAGACACCGAGCGACCCCAGCCUCAUAGUGCAGUCCCGCGGAAGUUAUCUUUCUAGUCUGAGAGAAGAUUGGGCUGAUAUGCCGUCCCCACCAGCUAGCAAAACCUUUGACUUUUCCGAUGGCUCGCUUGAUGCUCCGAGUGAGAUAUUAGGAAAGAAGGAGCGACGAUUCCUGAAGAAGAUAGGCGGUCCAUUUGCUGAACGAUAUAGUGUCUCGCUGGUGUCUCCUAGUGUGGUACCCAACUAUUUCCCAACCCUCAGGGUGGUCGAGUACAACACCACGGGCUUGGAGGGCGCCACAAUAUGGGCGGACGUACCGUAUAAAAACGACUCAUUCGAGUCCUUUGUGUUAGAGGCAACCGAGGAUGGUGCGCCAGAUGACAUCGACGAACAAAGAAAGAAAAAGAAACACAAAAAGAACAAGAAAAACAAGAAGAAGCCGAACUUCAAGGUCCCCAAUGAGCCCUCGGAAACUACCCCGCCCGGGCCUGCAUACUCGAACCAGGCACUAUCAUGGCUAAGCUACGCUCAGUACUAUGCCAACCUCACGGAAAUCUAUGGCAGGAAGGCACAGGGGCCCCAAGAUAUCUCUGAAAACAACCAAAGCACAACCGAUGGCUUGGACUUGUAUAAGGUCGAAUACGACACGAGAGAAGAUGAGGUGUACAAGAUGGAAGACCUCACAGUACGCAGCUACUUCCAGCUUGCCAAACGCAUUGCAAGCAAGAAUCCCCGUAAGGCGGACACAGCGCUAGCUACCGACCUGAAUUCGGAGACAGACACAUCUGACGCAGAAAACGAUUCUGAGUCAGAGACAACCAAUGGCAAGAAAAAGAAAAAGAACAACAAUAAGAAGCAUAAGAAGAAUAAGAAGCACCGCAAGAACCGGGUUUGGUGGACGUUCUUGGAUAGAGCAUUUGUUGGUUUGUUGGGCGGCGACGAGCUUGAUGACAUUGAGGCAUAA